GAAACUGUUGCCAACCAUGGUUGCAAUCCUCAUUAGUCUCAUUUUGAUGUUUAGCUUCUCCCCAGCAGUAGCUAUGACAAGCAAUGAAAAUGAGACAAAUAGCUUAUCAACCUACAUUGUUCAAGUGAGGAGGCCAGAGGGUGGAGUUUCAGUGGAAUCACUGUAUAGCUGGUAUAAUUCUUUCUUACCAGCUAUCAAGUCAACUUCAAACCAACAGCAAUCACGAAUGGUGUAUUCCUACAAAAAUGUGAUUAGUGGCUUUGCUGCAAAACUGACACCAGAAGAAGUAAAAGCAAUGGAAACCAAGGAUGGUUUUGUAUCAGCCCGUGUUGAAAGAACAUUGCCUCUACACACAACUCACAGUACUAGCUUCUUGGGUUUACAACAAAGUAUGGGAUUUUGGAGAGAAUCAAAUUAUGGAAAAGGUGUGAUUGUUGGGGUUUUGGACACAGGAGUAACUCCCGGUCACCCUUCAUUCAGUGAUAUAGGGGUGCCUCCACCGCCAGCAAAAUGGAAAGGGAAAUGUGAUGGGACGACUUGUAAUAACAAGCUAAUUGGGGCGAGAAAUUUUGGUAGCUCUAAUCCUCCUCUUGAUGAGGAAGGACAUGGAACUCACACUGCAAGCACAGCGGCUGGAAAUUUUGUGGAGGGUGCCAAUGAGUUUGGUCAGGCAAACGGGACGGCAUCUGGAGUGGCGCCUUUAGCUCAUUUGGCGAUUUACAAAGUUUGUGGUGAUACUGGUUGUCUUGACAGUGACAUUUUGGCUGCAAUGGAUACUGCUAUUGAUGAUGGUGUUGACGUGCUUUCCCUUUCAUUAGGUGGUGGUUCUGUGCCAUUCUACGAUGACUCGGUAGCAGUGGGAGCAUUUAGCGCUAUUCAAAAGGGCAUUUUUGUGAGCUGUUCAGCGGGAAAUGAAGGGCCAUUUUAUCAAACCUUAUCUAAUGAAGCCCCAUGGAUUCUUACGGUUGGAGCAAGCACCAUUGACAGAACCAUAACCGCAUCAGCACAGCUUGGAAAUGGCCAAGUAUACGAUGGUGAAUCAAUUUUCCAGCCAAAAGACUUUCCCGUCACGCAAUUGCCCCUUGUUUAUGCUGGUGCCAAUGGUAAUGAAUCAUCCGCAUGGUGCGCACCAGGAUCAUUGACCAAUAGUGAUGUUCAAGGCAAGGUAGUGUUGUGUGAGAGAGGUGGAGGAAUAGCUAGAAUUGGUAAGGGACAAGAAGUGAAAGACGCUGGUGGUGCCGCCAUGAUUCUCAUGAAUGACGAGCUUAAUGCUUACAGCACCUUAGCUGAUCCUCACGUACUUCCAGCAACGCAUGUCAGUUAUGCUGCAGGGUUAAGCAUUAAAGCCUAUAUAAACUCAACAUCCUCACCAACAGCCACAAUCUUGUUUAAAGGAACUUCAAUUGGCACAAAAUCUGCUCCUGAGGUUAGCGCUUUCUCCUCAAGAGGUCCCAGCUUAGCAAGCCCUGGAAUCUUAAAACCAGACAUUAUUGGACCAGGCGUGAACAUUUUAGCUGCCUGGCCAAUUUCAGUGGAAAACAACACCAACACAAAAUCAACAUUCAACAUGAUUUCAGGAACCUCAAUGUCUUGCCCUCAUCUAAGCGGGGUCGCAGCUUUGGUCAAAAGUGCACAUCCUGAGUGGUCACCAGCUGCAAUAAAAUCUGCCAUCUUGACAACUGCUGAUAUACUAAAUCUUGAAGGCAAGCCCAUCAUUGAGCAAAGGCUUCUUCCAGCAGACAUUUUUGCCGUGGGUGCAGGGCAUGUUAACCCAUCAAAAGCAAACGAUCCAGGGCUUGUUUACGAUAUCCAGCCUGAUGAUUACAUUCCCUAUUUAUGUGGCUUAAAUUAUACUGACCAACAGGUGGAAGCCAUUGUCCAGCGUAAUGUACAGUGCUCAAACGUGUCGAUCAUAAGUGAAGCAGAGCUAAAUUAUCCUUCAUUCUCUAUCACGUUGCAGUCUUCAACUCCUCAGACUUACACAAGAACAGUAACAAAUGUUGGCCAAGCUCAGUCAUCAUACUAUCCUCAGAUUGUUGCACCACCAGGAGUGAAUGUGACUGUAAAACCUGAUGGGAUUAUGUUCACGGAGACAAACCAGACGGCUAAAUACUCUGUGACGUUUACAAAAAGUGGGAACAUUGACGCAGAGUUUGCCCAAGGAUAUUUGAAUUGGAUUUCUAAUGAGCAAACAGUUCGCAGCCCAGUAGUUGUGAUUUUUGAGUGAGGAAUUAAAUGGUACGAAUAAAAUUUGAGUGAUCAAAUCAUAUGAAUCAGGAUU